GUUAGUUUAAGAUUGCCGAGCGGCAAGAUGGCUGUGUCGAGUCAGAGUGCAUAUAAUACGUCCCUUGUUAUUUUCCGGUGGAAUUAGUAGCGUCUAACGUGUAACACAUAACAUAACGUAGAUCUAUAGCGUUUCCAUUGAAUAUCCAAUUUUCUCGGGAAUAGUAAGUUCGCGUUGUCGUCGAUGACAUAUUAAUAUAUUCGAUUUAAAUUCAAUGGGCGAAAAAAUUUGGCAGAGUUAAAAGGAAAACUAUGGCAAUCGAGAAAAAUUUAUUUCAACGUUGAGCCCCCGGUCAUUACGAAAUUUGUCUCUUAUAUUUUGGAAUAACGAAGUAUAUAUAUAUAUAUAUUAUAUAUAUAUAUAUCGAGGAACGAAAAGUUAUAGAAUCUAAAGAAGGUUAAUUUAGCGAAGUAAGUGUGACAGUGUUAGUGAUACGUAAUAGGGCAAAGAAGAGAAGCACGUGGUAUCACUUGAGUGCUUCGUAUAAUAAAAACGUUAUCCAGUGGAAAUUAUUUAUAUAAUACGACGAAUAUAUAUACAAAAAAUUAAAAAACAAAAAAAGGAAGAAAGAAAGAAAGAGGAUAAUAAAGGACUUCGUCCGAAGAUCCUUUUUUUGUGCCAUUAAUACGCAUCAGCGAGAAAUAAGAGAAUACCUGAAGUUAAUCGAUCGGAAGUAAGCAUAAACUGGGUCGCCACCAUGAUCGUGGAGGACAAACCAGAAAUGGAAAGCUUCUGGAUCAGCACUGCGAUCCACGCGAUCAAAGCUUUAUCGUACGUGUACGACCUGCUGACCUUUCCAGUUUAUCUCAUCCUUCAACGCCCAUGGGAAAAAAGGAAGGCCUCGAGAAGGAUCAAAGCACGUCCCAUCAGCAAAAGCGAAAAUUCCAUUACUUAUAGAAGCGUUGAUUCACCUGGUCCAAUGCAUGUCAGGCUCGAACGUGAAAAAGUUCAAACGCUUGAGGCUGUCUUGCUUUGGGUUAGUAAGACACACGGUGAUAAAAAAUGUCUUGGUACAAGACAAAUACUUGCUGAAGAGGACGAGGUCCAACCUAAUGGAAGAAUCUUUAAAAAGUAUAAAAUGGGUGAUUAUAAAUGGAAAUCGUACGUGGAUGUUGAAAGAUUGGCGGCUUCCUUUAGUCGAGGAUUGGUCGAGACUGGUCUCAAUGUACGUAAGAACAUUGUAAUUUUUGCUGAGACUAGGGCAGAAUGGAUGAUAGCAGCCCACGCUUGUUUCAAACAAAAUCUCACGGUGGUAACAAUUUAUGCGACGCUUGGAGACGAUGCUAUAGCUCAUGGCAUUAAUGAGACUGAAGUUGACACAGUUAUUACCAGCCAUGAACUCUUACCAAAAUUUAAACGACUUUUACAAAUGGUACCUGAAGUUAAGAAUAUUAUUUAUAUGGAGGAUCAACUUAAACCAACCGAAACAAAAGGUUACAAGGAAGGAGUACGACUGAUACCAUUCUCAGAUAUCAUCAAGGCAGGCAACACGUCUAAAGUAGUAUCAGUUUCACCAAAAGCCGAGGAUACUGCUAUUAUAAUGUAUACGUCAGGUUCAACAGGUGUACCAAAAGGAGUCUUACUUUCUCAUAGAAACAUCAUGGCAACUUUAAAAGCAUUUUGCAAUGCGGUUGAAAUUAAAUCGGACGAUGUAUUUCUUGGAUUUCUACCGCUCGCGCAUGUCUUCGAACUUCUUGCUGAAAGUGUAUGCUUACUUACUGGUGUACCUAUUGGUUAUAGUUCGCCUCUCACUAUGAUUGAUUCGAGUAGUAAAAUUCAACGAGGUUCCAGGGGUGACGCUUCUGUUCUUCAUCCAACUUGUUUGACUGCAGUACCGCUUAUCCUAGAUAGGAUAUCCAAAGGUAUUAAUGAAAAAGUUAAAAAAUCUGGACCCUUCAAACAAGCAAUCUUUAAUUUUGCUUAUCAUUAUAAAUUAAAAUGGACUAAACGCGGAUAUAGUACUCCUCUGUUCGACAAAUACAUCUUUGGUGCAGCCAGGCAGAUUCUUGGUGGUCGGGUGAGAGUUAUUCUCUCUGGUGGUGCACCUUUAAGUCCUGACACUCACACUCAAGUCAAAUUGUGUCUAUGUGUCAUCGUUACUCAGGGAUAUGGUCUUACAGAAACUUGUUCUUGUGCUACUGUCAUGGAUACAUACGAUAGAAGUACUGGAAGAGUAGGAGCACCAACGACAGCUUGCGACAUUCGUCUUGAAAACUGGGAAGAAGCUGGUUAUAGAGUAACAAAUUUACCAAAUCCAAGGGGUGAGAUCGUUAUUGGAGGUGAUAACGUCUCCUCUGGAUAUUAUAAGUUACCUGAGAAAACAAAAGAGGAUUUCUUCCAGGAGGAUGGCAGACAAUGGUUCAGAACUGGUGAUAUAGGUGAAUUCCAUCCUGAUGGUUCCAUAGAGAUCAUAGAUCGCAAGAAAGAUUUGGUUAAAUUACAAAUAGGUGAAUAUGUUUCAUUGGGUAAAGUAGAAGCGGAGUUGAAAACUUGUCCAGUUGUAGAAAACAUAUGCGUUUAUGGUGAUCCAAGUAAAUCUUAUACGGUAGCACUGAUAGUACCUAAUCAUCAUAUACUCGAAGAGAUUGCUGCUAAUCUUGGUAUUACUGGCAAGACUUUCGAAGAAUUAUGCAACGAUCCGCAAGUGGAAAAGGCAGUACUUCAAGAGUUAGUUGAGCAAGCUAAGAAAUGUCAGUUACAAAAGUUUGAAAUACCUGGUGCAGUUAAACUUUGUCCAGAACAAUGGUCACCCGACAUGGGCCUUGUAACAGCUGCCUUUAAACUUAAAAGAAAAGCUGUACAGGAACGUUAUCAACAUGAAAUCAACAGAAUGUAUGCUUCGUGAUGUAGAGCAAAAAUGUGUGCAAAGUGUAAGAAGUAAUUUGUAUAAAAGAAAAAGAAAAGAUAAAAAGAAAGAAAGAAAGAAAGAAACAAACAAACAAACAAAUAAACCAAAUGUCUAAGGAAGGAAAGGGCCAUCCUCGUCUGAUGGGAAAGUAACUCGACAAAACUUUAGACACAAUUUUUCUGAUAUCCAUGGAAACAUUUUUAACAAACAAGAACAAAAAAGUUAAAGUAAUACAGAUUAUUAUUAACAAAGGAACGAAUUUAAAAAGUCCUUGUGCAAUGAAAAGUUUAAAAAGCUUUGUAGCCUCUUUUGUUAUUGUCUUCCGAUAGAAAACAGGUUCGAUUUAUGUUUAUCAUCGUUUAUAUAUAUGUAUAUAUAAAUAUAUGAAAGGGAUUUAAAAGGACGUAUCUCUCGAUGAAUAAUUGCUAUUAAAAUUUUACGCCAAUUAAUAUGCAAGGACGAUUCUAUUGAGAAUAUAUUUUUAUUCAAAUAUGAUAAAUAUAAUCUUGAUACAAACGGUUAAAUGAAUUGAGAAGGAAAGAGCCUAGUAAAAUAAAUAAAUAAUUAAAUAAUAAUAGUAAAGUGUCGAGAGAUAUAAAGAGCCGAGAUGGUGGAGGAGGGCUAUAACAAAAAAUAAAAAACAAAAUAAAUAAAAAAAAAAAAAAAGAAAGAAACAAAUGGUGCA